ACUCUGGAUCCGCUGGUUCCGUAACAACAUCCCGUUGGCUUCCCUCAGGCGGCGGGACCCGUGCAGCCGCCUCCUCCCAGGAGCGCUGCCCGCCUGGGUUUGCGCCCUCCCCGGCCCGGGCUGCCAUGGCCACCAAUCCGCAGCCGCAGCCGCCGCCUCCCGCGCCGCCACCUCCCCCGCCGCAGCCGCAGCCGCAGCCGCCGCCGCCGCCGCCCGGCCCCGGGACCGGCCCGGGCGCGGGUGGGGCGGGCGGCGCGGGAGCCGGCGCCGGGGACCCGCAGCUCGUGGCCAUGAUCGUGAAUCACCUCAAGAGCCAGGGGCUUUUCGACCAGUUCCGCAGAGACUGCUUAGCCGACGUGGACACCAAGCCUGCCUAUCAGAACCUGAGACAGCGUGUUGACAACUUUGUUGCAAACCACUUAGCAACUCAUACCUGGAGUCCCCACCUCAAUAAAAAUCAGCUAAGAAACAGUAUUCGACAGCAAGUGCUCAAAUCAGGAAUGUUGGAGUCUGGUAUUGACCGAAUUAUUUCUCAGGUUGUGGAUCCAAAGAUCAACCACACCUUCAGACCUCAGGUGGAGAAAGCAGUGCAUGAGUUUCUGGCCACGUUAAAUCACAAAGAGGAAACAGGUGGCAGCACAGCACCUGAUGAUGAGAAACCAGACUCUUCCGUCAUUACACAAGGUGUCCCUGCCCCUGGGCCCAGUGCAAACGUGGCCAGUGACGCCAUGUCAAUCUUGGAGACCAUCACCUCUCUUAACCAAGAAGCUAGCGCUGCCAGGGCUUCAACAGAAACGUCAAAUGCCAAGGCCUGUGAGAGAACAUCCAAAAAACUCCCAUCUCAGCCAAGCACUGACACUAGUGCCGAGAAGGAGAGAACUUCAGAGGAUGCGACUGAAAAAGAAAAACCUACACCUGACUCUGCAGGGGAAGGACAGGAGACAGCCCUGAAGUCAGAAGAACUUAAUGAUCUCCCAGGUCCAGUUGAAGAAAGUAAAAAUCACACAAAAGAGAGCAAUAGUUCAGUUCUGCUAAAUAAAGAUGUUCAGCAAGAAAGCAGUGACCCAAAAAAUAAAUCAACAGACAAAGGUGAAAAGAAAGCAGACAGCAGUGAAAAGGGAGAAAGAAAGAAAGAAAAGAAGGAGAAGACUGAGAAGAAAUUGGAUCACUCAAAAAGGAGUGAAGAUGUACAAAAAGUGAAAGAUGAAAGACAAACAAAAGAUAAAGAUGCAGAAUGUUCAAAACUUCCUUCAGAAAAAAACAAUAGUAAAGCUAAAACUGGUGAAGGAGCAAGAGAAGAUUUCUCUUUGAUAGAUUCUGAUGUGGAUGGACUCACAGACAUCACAGUUAGCUCUGUCCACACCAGUGACCUUUCAUCUUUUGAGGAAGACACCGAGGAGGAAGUUGUAGUGUCUGACAGCAUGGAGGAAGGAGAGAUCACAUCAGACGAUGAAGAAAAGAACAAGCAGAACAAAACCAAAACUCAAACCGGUGACCCCAGUGAAGGAAGAGCAAAAAGUGUACGGCAUGCUUAUGUUCACAAACCGUAUCUUUACUCAAAGUAUUACAGUGAUUCUGAUGACGAACUUACCGUAGAACAGCGCCGACAGUGUAUCGCUAAAGAAAAAGAAGAGAGGCUUUUAAGAAGGCAAAUUAAUAGAGAGAAACUUGAAGAAAAACGAAAACAGAAAGAAAAGACAAAGUCUUCGAAAGCUAAGAGUCAAGGCAAAGGUAGUAUGGACUUAGAAGAAUCAUCCACAAAGAGUUUGGAACCCAAAGUCCCCCGGAUUAAAGAAGUACUUAAAGAACGGAAAGUUUUAGAGAAAAAGGUAGCCUUAAGCAAAAAAAGAAAAAAGGAUUCCAGGAACAUUGAUGAGAAUUCUAAAAAGAAACAACAAUCUGAAGACGAUUCCAAAGAAACCCUCAAAACAAGUGAGCAUUGUGAAAAGGAAAAAACAUCUUCUUCAAAGGAUUUGAAACACAUUCAUGCAAAGAGUGAAUCAAGUAAACCUGCUCGGAGACUUUCAGAGUCUUUGCAUUCAACUGAUGAAAACAAAAGCGAAUCCAAAACAGAAAGGGAACAUAAGAGGCGGACAUCGACCCCUGUUGUGGUGGAAGGGGCACAGGAAGAGACCGACACGAGAGAUGGAAAAAGGCCAGUGGAACGCUCAGAAACUGGCACGGAAGAGCCCCAGAAACAGAAAAGCAUACUUAAAAAUGAGAAGCAUCUAAAGAAAGAGGAUUUUGAAACACCACAUUUGAAAAGCCUACCUAAGAAAGAGGCAAAAUCCACCAAGGACAAGCCUGAAAAAGAGAAAACUCUGUCAGAAGACAAACCGUCCAUAAAACACAAGUAUAAGGGUGACAGUGCCCAUAAAGCAGGUGACGAGGCUGAGCUUCACUCUUCCGAGAAAGGCUUGACCGUUGAUGAAAGUACUCAGAAGUCAAGUCAGCCAGCAAAGCUUUCCUCGGAUGAUAAAGCUGAACGAAAAAGUAGACAUAGGAAUGAAAGGAAAUUAUCGAUUUUGGGCAAAGAUGGUAAACCGGUUUCUGAAUAUAUCAUAAAAACUGAUGAGAAUGUUCGUAAGGAAAACAACAAAAAAGAGAGGCACAUGUCAGCUGACAAAACUAAGGGAGAGCACAAAUCAAGAAGAUCAAGUGAUUCUAAAAUUCAGAAAGAUUCUUUGAGUUCCAAGCAACAUGGAAUCACUUUACAGAGAAGAAGCGAAAGUUACUCAGAGGAUAAGGGUGAUACAGACUCAACUAAUACAGAUAGUAACCCCAAACCCGAUGAGGUUGUUCACAAGGAGAAGCGAAGAACCAAGAGCUUGUUAGAAGAGAAACUUGUGUUAAAAUCUAAAUCCAAAGGCCAAGGCAAGCAGUCAAAAGCACUGGAAACAGAAUUACAAGAAAAUGUCACAAAACAGGCGCCCACUCCAAAAGCAGAUAAGGAAAAGAACACAGAAGAAAGUGACCCAGACAGACCGCGGAAGUCUAAAAUUGAAGACCGAUCUCCCGAGGAAAGUGGGGUGGAGCCUGCAUCAGAGAGUGCAGCCCCUUUGGCACACGGUGCACAGAAAGAGUCUAGUCACAGAGCGAGGCUACUGCCAGCCAAGGAGAAGUACAAGGGUGAGAAAGAUGCGAGCUCUGCCAGACUUGAGAGGAAGUUAUCCGAGGGGCACAGGAGCAGAGGCCUAAAGCACAGUGGUAAGGAUGUGAGAAAGAGGGAAGAAAAUAAGUCGGAGGACAAGGAUGGUAAGGAAGCCGAUGGUAGUCACGAAAAGGCCAGAGGAAAUAGUUCCGUCGUGGAAAAGAAAUUAAGCAGAAGGUUGUGUGAAAAUCGAAGAGGAAGCUUAUCCCAAGAAAUGACCAGAGGGGAAGAAAAACCAGCAGCGAGCCCUUCAGGCCCUCUCAGUAGUUCCUCCCUUCAGAGACCCAGGAAAAGCAAUGAUCCCACCUCGGGGCCCGAAGAGGAGCCGAUGGAAAUUGAUCCCGAGCCAGCCGUGGAAAACGCACCAGAAGUGUCUAAAACACAAGAUGGCAGCAGCAGUAGUUCUCAGCAAGACUUUGACUCAGACUGUCUUUUGAAACAAAAAACCACUACUGCAGUUCUAAAGGAAGAGUUAAGAACUUGCAUAGAAGAUUCAAAAAAAGUAGCCCCAGCCUGCAGAUCCGGACGUGGAACCGGAGCUGUUGGUGGUACAUCUGAGAAGCACGCCGACCAUAAAAGCACCCUGCCCAAGAAGGUGCAUCUCCAAAGUGCUGUGUCCAAACCGAGCCCCGGGGAGAGGGAGCCCACUCAACCAGGGACUCACAGCAUGAAUGUAGACUCUGACCCUGGUCAUCGAUUGUUACCUCGUGUCGCAUCAGAAAGUGACAGGGCACAGAAGAAUUUGAAAAAUACCACCAGACCCUCUGAAGAAGAUGUUGCUCCAGGAGAUGCUGCUCUCGAACAUUCCACAGAUGUGGACCCCUCCCCAUCCUUAAGUUCCGGGACCGUUGUUCCUCAGAAACAGUCUCACGAUUCCGGCGUAGUUCCUGUAGUUGACAAAAGGACUGUUUCAGAAGGUGGCCCAGCCAGCACCUCGUUUGUGGACCACUCCGAGACCCCUAACCAAAGUUUGACCAUUGCAGAAUCAGAGGUCCCUAGGAUAAGUGACAGCAAAGAAGGUGCCAUGGUUUCCACGGUAGACACACCAGCAAUGGCAAGCGUGAGUAGCAGAGGACACAUUCCAGAAGGUUACCAGGCCACUGUCCUGCACACGAAACAAGGAAAUGUAAACGUGCCUCUCAGUAGUGAGUUGAUGGGCACGACUGUGGAAAAUGAGCCUGUUAAUAAAGAGAGCGGCUUGGUGGACAUGGCCGGGAAAGAACGUGACUUGAAAUCAAGCCAGACAGUUAGAGCUUCUGUAGAAAAUGGCAGAAAGGAUGGCAUGGCUGUCGGUCCUGCGGUAGGCAUGUGUUUAGAAAACGAUGCUGAAACUGCUGGACUUAAGCCUCCUAGAGGCCUGUGUGAAGUAGAAAACAUGUCAGCUGAUGCCAACAGAAGGAAUGAAAACAGUGAGGUGGACACCAGUGCUGGACUUAUCGCUGUGUCCUCUGUUGAACAGCAAAGGCAUGGGAAAGCUGAGACCGUGCCCACUGGGUCUGGUCGAGCAGAAAAGACUUCUGUGGCCACCAGCACUGAAGGGAAGGACAAAGGUGUUCUCUCAAACCCAGUGAAGGCAGGGGAUGCCACCACCACUUGUUCAGAGACAGGAGAGGGUGAAGUGGCCGUGCCCUGCACGAGCAUCGAGGCGGAUGAAGGCUUCAUCGCGGGCAUGCACCCCAGCAGCCACCCGCUUCAUGCCGGGGCCGAAGCCCACGAAGGCACCGUCUUUGCCGCAGCCGAGGAAGGAGGGGACGUUGUCACCGAAGGAUUUGCUGAAAGUGAGACUUUCCUUACAAGCACCAAGGAAGGAGACAGUGGGGAGUGCGCAGUGGCCGAGCCUGAAGAAAGGGCAGCAGACCCGGUGACGGCUCGCUCGGGGACAGCCGAAGGCGAGGUCAACAGUGUGGCCACCGAAGAGAAGGACGAUGCUGUAACCAGCGCGGGUUCCGAAGGGAAAUGUGACGGUUCUUCAAGCAGAGACGCAGAACUCGCGGAAGCAACGGUUGCCUUUAUUAGUGAGGUGGAAAGCGAUGGGGCCGUCACAAGUGCUGGGACCGAAAUCAGAGCAGGGUCCCUCAGCAGUGAGGAGACAGAUGGAUUCCAGAGAAAUAUGACAAGGAUGGGCCCCCAGAAAGAAAUCGAGGGGACUGUGACAUGUACAGGAGCAGAGCGGAGAAGUGACAGCUUCGUCAUGUGCUUAGUGACAGGUGCAGGGCCACAGGAAGAGCGCAGGGUCAUGGGUGCUCAGGGGGCCCCAGUCGAUAAUGACGCGCCAGAAGGAGCCAGCGCCACCCAGGAGGCAGGAGGUUCUGCGAGCGACAGCCCAGAAGGGGAGAGCGCCGUCACCAGCACAGGGAUAACGGAGGAAGACGGGGAGGGCCCAGCGAGCUGCACAGGUUCGGAAGAGAGCGGUGAAGGCUUUGCUCUGAUUUCUGAAUCCGAGGAAAACGGAGAGAGUGCGAUGGACAGCACGGUAGCCAAGGACAUUGCCAACGUGCCAUCUGUUGCUGCUGGCCCAUGUGAUGACGAAGGCAUCGUGACCAGCACAGGCGCCAAGGAGGAGGAUGAGGAAGGGGAGGGGGUGGUGACCAGUACUGGCAGAGGCAACGAGGUCGGACACGCGUCCACGUGCACGGGGCCAGAAGAAGAGAGCGAGGGGCUGUCGAUCUGUGAAAGUGCAGAGGAAGCGGACGGUCAGGUUGGGACGGUGGCCAGGCGUGUGGAAGCUGAGGUCCCCAGCGCACACGAGGGUAGCGUGGACAGCAUGAGCGGUGCCGAGAAGGACGUUAAAGACGCAGAGAUCUGCUCCAGCGCCAAAGGCGUUGUGGAAAGCAGCGUGACCAGCGCCGCUGAGGGAAAGGGCGAAGCGGCUCCAGCGCGUGAAGGUGGAGAGGCGCCCAUGACCAGUGCAGCAUCAGAUCAAAGUGACGGUCGCCUCACCCGAGAGGAAACUGUGGACGCGACCGCUAUUUCCGCCGGCCUGGUGGGGGGCAGUCACGAGGUACUGGUGUCUGGCGUGGUCCCAGGGCGCGGGGCUUGCCCCCCAUCACCGAGCGAAAAGGAGGACGAAGGCAUCAUCACCUCCGUGGAAAAUGAAGACUGUGACGGCCCCGUGGCCGCUGCGGCCAGGGACAAGGUCACCACCCACGCGUGUUUGGCGGGGGGUAAAGGUCAAGGCAAAGGCUUGAUGAUUUCCACCAGUACAGCAGAUGGCUUCACCACACAGUUAAGCGCGACUGUGGACGUGGAAGAAGGUGGGCCCAGUGCCCUGAGGACGGAAGGAAGCGUGGAAGGCACCCAAGUGAAUGUGGAAGAGUUCGAGGCCCCCAUGCCCAGCGCAGCGUCAGGGGACGAGAGCCAGCUCGUCGCUGCUGGAAAAGAGGAGAAAGAUGAGUGCGCCAUGAUUUCGACAAGCCUCGGGGAGGAGUUCGAGGUCCCCGUUUCCAGUGCCACCACCAUCCAGCGCGCCGAGAGCCAGCAGGCGGUCGCAGCAGUCGACGCGAAGAGCCUGAUGUCAGUCAGCACCGAGGACUUCGAGGGCCCCACGCCCAGCGCGCCCACGGGAGCCAAGAGCCCCCGGGCUUCGACCAGCAAGGAGGAGAAAGACGAGUGCGCCCUCAUUUCCACCAGCAUCGCGGAGGAAUGCGAGGCCUCCGUGUGCGGUGUGGCUGCGGAGAGCGAGCGUGAGCGGUCCGUCCUCGUCAUGGAGGAGAAGGAUGGGAACGCCAUCAUCUCAACGAGCUCCGUAGAAGAUUGCGAGGGCCCAGUGUCCAGUGCCGUCCCUCGAGAGGAAGUCCGGCCCUCGGCCAGGCCAGCAGAAGAGACGGGCGACGCCGCCAUGAUUUCCACCAGCACCUCCGAAGGGCGAGAAGCGGUCAUGGUGGGUGCUGUCCCACAGGAUGAAGAUCGGCCUGCCCUUGCGCGAGCGGAGGACUUCGGUGACACUGCCGUCAUCUCCACCAGCACAGCCGAGUGUGUGCUGACCGCCAGUGGCCUCGACAGGCACGAGGACAAUCAGCUGACUGCAGGCAAUGCAGGAGGAAAGGCGAGCAAGCCUGAGCUCCCUGUGCCCGGCGUGAGGGCUGGAAGCAACCGUCAGUGUCCUGGGCCAUGCGCAGGAGGAAGGUCGGGCCCCAUGGUGGCACUGGGAAGCGGGGAAGGGCAGGACAGGGUGGCAGUCAGCAUGCUCACUCCAGGUGCCGUGUGUGCACCAGAGGAAGGGAGGCCUGGCAAGGACUGUCUGGGCAGUGCUCAGAGAGCAGACAAAAGCCCUGAGGCCGCGACAUCCAGGGACAGUGCUCCAGCAAGUUGUUCAGCAACGAGGAGCUCAGAGAUGACCUCGGACUCCCCCGUGAACCCAAGAAAACCAGAGCAGACAGCCCAGGACUCCUCUGGCAGCCUGUGCUGUUUGACAGCAGUAAAUACUGGUGCUAAAAAAACUGAUGCCUUGUCCUCUCUUCCUCCUGAGGGCAACUUGCAAACCACCCCUGCUGAAUGUACUAAUGGCCAAGAAUCCGAAAUCGCUCCUUCUCACACAGCAGUCCUUCCCACUAUCUGCAGUGGAGUGUUCUCGGCUCAUAAAGGUGAGCAGGACCUGACUGUUAAGAGUGACCACAGUGGCAAGAGGACUGUUGCGGUGUCCACUGAGAAAGCAGAAGAUGGUGACAUCGUGAUAAAGUCUUCCCAGGAAGAAAGAGGCCUCGAAGUCAUUGUUUCUUCUGAGAAAUAUUUGCAUGACACAGUAGGCAGUGAAGAGUCUGCAUCGAACGAUUUGGGAGGAUUGAGACCGAAAGCCAACUUGAAAACUGAGGUGUUUGUGCCAUCAGAGGAAGAGAAAAAUCAUGAAAUUGUAGCACCACCAGAAAGUCCGAGUGGGAGAAAGCUGAGUGGAAGAGCUGAACUCCAUGGGGAGCCUUUGUUGGUGACAGAAUCACUGAACGUCGAAAAUUCAGGCUCGAAAACAAAUGAAAUUCAUAGCAAAUCUCAUAACAGAGACGGGACAGCCAAUGGUGGGAAAGACAACGCAGUAAAAGGUCACGGUGUUGAAGCAAGUCCUACAGAGGUUGAAGAGGAAGAAAGGCAUAUGCCUAAAAGAAAAAGAAAGAAGCAGUACCUCUCUUCAGAAGAUGAACUAGAUGAUAAUCCUGAUGUCCCGGAUUCCAAAAUAGAAACAGCACAGAGGCAGUGUUCUGAAGCAGAAACUGAGCCACAAGAUGCAAAGGAAGAGAACCCUGGAGAUUUAGAAGAAUUAUCUAAAACAAGUUCUGAGACAGACAACACUGCUUCAAGGGCCAUGGAAGAAAAAGAUGAGUACAGCAGCAGUGAAGCUGCCGGUGACAAGACAGAGCAGAACGACGACGACAACAUAAGAUCUCAAGAGGAAGAUCAGCCAAUAAUUAUUAAAAGAAAAAGAGGAAGGCCUCGUAAAUACCCAGUAGAAACAGCAUUAAAAACAAAAGAUGACUGCAGAACAGAUGCUGGCAUUAUCACAGUAGAACAGUCUCCACCUGGCAGCAAACUGAAAGCGAUGCAAUCAGAUGAGUCCAGUAGAGAACCACCCAGCCUACACGAGCGAACUGGAAGCAAUGAUGACGGUGAAGAAAAAUCUAUAGCAAGUGUGCGUCGGAGAGGAAGAAAGCCAAAGCGGUCGCUCACUCUGUCUGAGGAUGCUGAAUCCUCAGAGCCAGAGAGAAAACGCCAGAAAUCGGUUUCUGAAGCAACUGAGGACAAGAGAGACCAGGAGUCAGAUGAGGAAGAGGAUGAAGAGGAAGAGGAUGAGCCCUCCGGAGCCACCACGAGGUCCAGCGCCAGAUCAGAGGCUCAGAGAUCAAAGGCACAGCUCUCCCCUUCUGCCAAGCGCAAGAGAGAGGUCAGCCCUCCUGGAGCACGCACCAGAGGCCAGCAGAGGGUGGAGGAGGCCCCGGCGAAGAAGGCCAAGCGGUAAUCGUGCCCUCGAGCUCCCAGCUGCUCGACUGGGGCCCGCAGUGGAGAAGAGAGGGUCGGCCUGAGGGGCCCAGGCUGCUGCUUCCAGCCAGGGAAAGGCCAUGCAUGUGCUCCAAGGUCCUGGGUGCAAGCUUUCUCUUGUUCUGUUUUCAACAGCUUUAUAAACGACUGUUCAUAGAAGGUAUUAUGUACAUUUAUUUCAGAUAAAGGAAAAUAAGUUUACUUUGUAUCUGAACUUAAAACAAAGUAGUUGUAUAUUUUAACAUUCGAAAUUGGGAUUUCCCGAUGUGACACAUCACUCAUGCGGCCCCUCAGCCCAUCGGACACCAGGCUGCCUACUGGUAAUCUGUGUACAGUAUAGAAACAUGUACAGAUAGGUUGUAUUUUACUCUGUGUAUGAUGCUAAUCAAUGAACACUUUAUUUAUUUUACAGAGGAAACUUAUCUGUGAACUUUACUAUAUAUCUGUUUAUUUUAUUUUAUUAUUUUUUUUUUAUGAAAAGGGGGUUUUAAAUGCUAUGCAGUCAUUAGUAGAGACAUAGUAGGAUUCCGCCUGCCUGGUAGCUCCUGCGUCUGAUCCUCCAGGAGAUGCAGGCUCUUCUCGCAUGUAUCCAGGUAAAGUAGUUUAGCUCAAGAAAGGGUCUCUGUUGCUUUUCACAGUAAUGGUUCACAGUAAUGGCUCCUUUUUUUAAGAAUGUAACUUGUUUUUAGAUUAUACUCACGUCUGACUUUACUACCAGCCCCCCCCCCCCCCCCCCCCCGCCAGGCGAAGGAGGUGCUGGUUCAAGUCAAGUCACAUCCAUCACCUGCAGCAGAAAUGUCUCCCUUGGUGUCAGUGCCUCAGGCUGUCCCAUGUCCCUCCCACAGUGUCUCUUCUGGUGAAGAGAAGUGCAUUGAAGCUUAGGUCACUCCUGUCUGUCCCGCUUCAGGAUUGUAUGUUGUUUUGUACACAGGUAUUUCAAGAUAGAAACUGGCUUUAUUGCCAGAUUCUUUUUUAACAUGUUUUAACUCCCAUAUGAGCAAACUGUCCAACUUGAGUUUUUUCAUAAGAUUCAACUUUUCUUAAGAUCAAAUGUCUCUAGCAGUGAUGUGAUGAGUUGCCAAAUAAUUGAGAUUAUUUUAAAAUGUUUUGUUCAUAUUCUUGUUUUAUAAUUAAA